AUGACGGACCUAUCGUUUGAUCUCGUCGCAGCGACCGUUGGCCUCUGCACUGCUAGCCUUUUGAUUCUUUGGAGAAACAAAACGAGUUCCAAUCCUCCCCUCCCGCCGGGCCCAAAGAGGCUUCCCAUCCUCGGGAACUUUUUUGAUAUGCCGACGUCAAAUGAGUGGCUCGUUUACGAGAAGUGGGCGAAGGACUUUGGGUCUGACGUCAUCCAUACCGACGUCCUUGGGACCCAUCUCAUCAUUUUGAAUUCUGCGAAGGCGGCCAAUGAGCUGUUCGUGAAGCGAUCGUCGCUUUACUCUGACCGUCUGAAGCUCGACUGGGUCUUGGGUUUUAUUCCCUAUGGCCAGAAGUGGAGAGACAUCCGCAAGGCAUUCCACGGGCAUUUCCAUCCCGCCGCCACUCUACAAUAUCAGCCAAUGGAAAUAAAAGCCACUCACGAACUUCUGCGGCGCCUGGUAGACAAUCCAGCAGAUUUCGUAGAACAUCUCAGACACAUGGCAGGGGAGAUCAUCAUCGGGAUCUCUUAUGGAAUCGAAGUCAAGUCCCAUGAUGACCCGUACAUCGAUACUGCGGAAAAGACGCUUCAAGCUAUCGCGAUCGGCAGCUCUCCACGAGCUGGCCUAUAUGACAUGGCACCAUCAUUGAUCCGUAUCCCAGAGUGGCUACCUGGUGGUCGUCUCAAAGCGGAAUUAAAAAAAUGGAUCCACUACGGAGUCUCAAUGGUCGAAGCGCCUUAUCAAACCGCAAAAGAAGCUGUUAUGCAAGGCACUGCUGUACCUUCCGUUACCUCCUCCAUGAUCAGCAAAGUUGAGAACAAGAUUUCUCCUGAGCUUCUGGCGAAGCAAUUGCCGGCGAAUAUGUACCUUGAUUCUAUGACAGCUGGAGCUGACACAACUGUUUCUGCCCUCUCGUCUUUCUUCUUGGCUAUGGCUCGUUAUCCCGAAACUAUGAAGAAAGCCCAAGCCGAGAUUGACGCCGUCGUUGGCAAUGCUCGCUUGCCAGACUUCUCUGACGAGGAUUCCCUCCCGUAUGUUAGUGCUCUGGUGAAGGAAGUUUUGAGAUGGAGGCCUGUUGUACCACUUGCUAUUCCCCACAGAGUGGUAUCUGACGAUAUCUACGAUGGCUAUUUCAUUCCUGGAGGCUCGAUAGUCAUCGGCAACGGCUGGGCGAUACUCCAUGAUGAAUCCGUCUUCCCCGAUGCCAAGAACUUCAAACCUGAGCACUUCCUGGACCCCAAUGUCAAGUUCCCCGAGCAAGCGUUCGGUUUCGGUCGCCGUAUAUGCCCGGGUCGGUUCAUGGCUCGUGCAUCAGUCUGGAUUGCCAUUGCUUGUAUGCUCGCCACCUUCGAUGUCUCAAAGGCAGUCGAUGAGAAUGGCAAUCUAAUCGAGCCGAAAGAUGAGUACACGUCUGGUAUUGUCUCAUAUCCGGCACCUUUCAAAUGCAAUAUCAGGCCAAGAUCCAAGGUCGCAGAAAGUUUGAUACAGGCAACGGCAAUCUAA